UCUGGAUUUAGAAAAAGUCAGGAAUGCUAUACAACAGCUGGUGGUUUUAUGGAAGACGAUGAUGAAGAAGAAGAAAGAAGAGAACGUAUUGCAGAGUACAAGAAACAACGCGCAGAUGCUGAAGCCGCUGCUGCACUUUUGGAAGCUCCAGAUGAUUGCAAAGCUUGUAAAAAGCCACUCCUUGAUUCGUAUUUGUGGGAGAGAUUUAACUAUCCUGUUUGUGACGCAUGCAGAGAUGACAAGGGAGCUCAUAAGUUAAUUGCGCGAACGGAAGCUAAAGAGAAAUAUAUGUUGAAAGAUUGUGAUUUGGACCUUCGCAAACCUGUAUUACGCUAUAUAUCGAAGAAGAAUCCUCACAAUCCGCGGUAUGGAGAGAUGAAGCUUUAUUUGAAAGCUCAGCUGGAAGAAAGGUGUUUGGAACUUUAUGAAUCUUGGGAAAAUUUUGAAGCUGUGAAGAAAUCGAAGGCUGCACAAAAGGAGGAAUUAGCAGAGAAGCGGUUUGAGAAGAAAAUCAAAGUGAUGCGUGCACAGGUGCGCGGAACGAUGGGUCAGAAAGCAGAGCGGUCGAAAUUACAUGUCCACAAGUUUGGUGAUGAGUCUUAUGACAAGAAAAGGGACGAGUAUAAGAAGACUUGUAAAGACUGUGGAUAUGAAAUGUUUUACGAGAAAAUGUAG